UUCCGCGCCAGCCGUGAGCAGCUCUCAGAGCCUGAGCUCUUCGUGCUGCUGCUCACCGAGGUGCCCGGCUACGCGCAACGCCUGGAGCUGCUGGUGCUGCGAGAGGAGUUCUUCCCUCGGCUCAACGCGCUCCGGUCCUCCAUCCAGGUGCAGACCGCCGCCACCACCGAGCUGCUGGAGUGCAAGGAGCUGCACAUCAUCCUGCACCUCAUCCUGAGAGCCGGCAACCACCUGAACACCGGCGGCUAUGCAGGCCAAGCCGCUGGCUUCCGCAUGGCCUCGCUGCUGCGGCUGAUGGACACCAAGGCCAACAGGCCGGGCAUGGACCUCCUGCACUUCGUGGCCACGGAGGCUGAGAGGAUGGAGCGAGGCCUGCUGGACUUCCCAAGCAAGUUACAGCACGUGGGACCGGCCUCGCGGAUCGUGGAGCAAGACGUGGCACAGGAGCUGCAGGGCCUGGCGUGGCGGCUGGAGGGGGCGCAGGCCGGCCUGGAGGCGCUGGGGCUGCGGGCGCAGCUGGGCCCCUUUAUUCAUGUGGCGGAGGCGGCGCUGGGGGAGGUGCGGAUCGCCCUGGCCCUGCCGCGCUGCUCGACUUCUACUGCGAGGACCCGGAGUGCGGCAGCCUGCAGGAGCUGUGCGCUGUGAUGCACACCUUCGCCGUGCGCUUCCUCGCUGCCGUGCAGGAGAACGAGGCACGGGCGCAGGCGGAGCAGCGCCGAGCGCGGCUGGAGCAGGAACGACAGCAGAAGCGCCGCUCCAUCGCCACCUGCUCAGCCCGUGACGCCAUCCUGCCCCAGCCCGACCUGGAC